AUGUUUGCCCCACCCGCUGCUUUACCUCCUCCACCACCACUGACUUCAGGGACCCUUCCAGUUCCAGGACACCCAGCUAACAGCACAUACUCAGAACAAGACCUUCUUAGACAAGAGCUGAACACUCGUUUUUUGGCUUCACAGAGUGCAGAUCGUGGCGCAUCAUUGGGCCCACCACCCUAUCUAAGGACAGAGUUUCAUCAACACCAGCAUCAGCACCAGCACACUCAUCAGCAUACACACCAGCACACCUUUACACCUUUUCCGCAUGCCAUCCCGCCAACUGCCAUCAUGCCAACUCCAGCACCGCCCAUGGUGCGUACCCCAGGCAGAAAUUUUGACAAAUACCCUACAAAAGUUGACCCCUUCUACCGUCACAGUUUAUUUCAUUCAUACCCACCAGCUGUAUCUGGAAUUCCUCCCAUGAUUCCUCCCACUGGUCCCUUUGGAUCACUACAAGGGGCAUUUCAACCUAAGACUUCCAAUCCUAUUGAUGUUGCAGCUAGACCUGGAACUGUCCCGCACACUCUGUUGCAGAAGGACCCAAGGUUGACAGAUCCUUUCAGGCCUAUGUUGAGGAAACCUGGAAAAUGGUGUGCCAUGCACGUGCAUAUUGCCUGGCAGAUAUACCAUCAUCAACAAAAGGUCAAAAAACAGAUGCAGACAGAUCCACACAAGCUGGAUUUUGGCCUAAAGCCUGAGUUUUUGAGCAGGCCACCAGGUCCGAGCCUCUUUGGAGCUAUUCAUCACCAUCCGCACCAUCAUGACUUGGCACGCCCUUCCACACUCUUCUCCGCUGCUGGUGGAGCACACCCAGCUGGUGCACAUUUUGGUCCUCCACCUCAUCACAGUAAUUUUCUUAACCCCUCUGCUCAUCUCGAACCAUUUAAUCGUCCAUCAACAUUUGGUGGUCUUGCUUCUGUGGGAGGAAAUGCCUUUGGGGGGCUUGGCAAUCCUUCAGUCACAUCCAACUCAAUGUUUAGCCACAAAGAAGGGCCAAAUAUUCAGAGUUUCAAUAAUCCUCAUGAACCAUGGAAUCGACUUCAUCGAACACCACCUUCUUUCCCAACACCUCCACCCUGGCUUAAACCUGGGGAGCCUGAACGCAGUUCUUCAGUUACAGCUCAUGAUCGAGAUUCAGACAAAAGAGAAUCAUCGUCCAAAGAGGAUAAAGAAAGGGAAACCAAUGAGAAAAGGCACUCCAGUCAUCCUUCACCAGCACCUGUUGCUCAAGUUAAUUCAUUGGGACAUAAUCGCAGUUUAUCAGAACAAAGCAGAACCCAUCUAAAUAAUGAGAUGCGAGACAAAGAAAAGACCAAGGACCGUGAAAGGGAUCACUCUGAUUCAUGGAAAGAAGCUAAUGUGGAAGAGCACAAAGCAAAAGAAAACCAUAUUUCUGAAAAGGAAAGCAUUGUACAUGACAAUAGAGCUGCAGAGGAAGCCAAGCAGGUCUCAAGGGUACCCUCCCCUUAUGUUAGACCACCAGUGAUGGAAAGCACUAGACCUAAUAGCACUUCAAAUAGAGAUGAGAGAAAAAACUGAGACAUAUGACAGUCAAAAGAAAAGUAAUGAUGUCAAAGUAAAAGAGGAAAGAAAGGAAGAUCAUGACGUUUUAGUCUCUGAGGCACCAACUGUGCAUAGGUCCUCUGAACAACCUCCUCCAAUGUCUACAUCAAAUAUUCAUCCGGGCCAUUUAGGAUCCAUGCCAAUGGCUGUGGGUGUAACAGGGAUGCAUCCAAUGAACAGCAUUGGUGGCUUAGACAGAACUCGCAUGAUGACUCCUUUCAUGGGUAUAAGCCCAAUCCCAGGUGGUGAACGUUUCCCAUAUCCAUCAUUUCAUUGGGAUCCUAUGAGAGAUCCAUUAAGAGACCCUUACAGAGGACUAGAUAUUCAUAGGCGUGAUCCCCUUGGAAGAGAUUUUUUGCUGCGAAAUGAUCCACUUCAUCGACUUGGCGCUCCAAGAAUAUAUGAAGCAGACAGAUCAUUUAGAGACAGGGAACCUCAUGAUUACAACCAUCAUCACCAUCAUCAUCUUUCUGUUGACCCACGAAGGGAACACAUAGAAAGAGCAAGCCAGUUGGAAGAGAGGGAACGGUUACACAUGCUUCGAGAGGACUAUGAACAUGCCCGUUUACAUGCGGUUCAUCCAGCUGCUUUGGAUGGUCACCUGCCUCACCCAAGUUUAAUUACUCCAGGACUUCCAAGCAUGCACUAUCCCAGGGUCAGUCCCACAGCUGGACAUCAAAACGGACUUCUUAAUAAGACUCCACCAACAGCAGCACUAAGUGCCCCCCCUCCACUAAUUUCUACUUUGGGAGGCCGACCAGGAUCUCCCAGGAGGACUACUCCAUUGACUGCAGAGAUAAGAGACAGACCUCCUUCUCACACGCUGAAAGAUAUCGAAGCACGGUGA